UCCGGAGAUCACCCUCUCUACCUUCCUCUACAUUUCCACUGCAAAACCUCCGACCUUCUCCGAUUUGCAGCUCCGCUUUCGUCGACCUUCCGAUUCACUCUCUCCCGCGGUGAUCCGAUCGCUUUUAGUCAAACCACCGCGUUUCCUUUGUUGACUUUUCUCAUUUCUCUUCACUCCGCCACCGGAUGAGCUGCUCAGUUUAGGGUUAGUGUUUCGCUGAUUCUUCUCUCUCUGCUAAUCUAAUCGGAUGAGAUUUCUUCUUCGCUAAUUUCCGAGUCUUCCUCCACGGAGUUUCGCUUUCGAAGGGUUAGAGCAUCAUCGACGCAAAUGGAAGCGUCCGGUGCAAAUUCCGACGCUUAUAGAGGUUCUUCCGGUGCUUCUGGGAAUUCACGAAGGUAUGGGAUGCUAUCGGCUUCGAAUAUCAUUCAGAGGCCCAUUUCGGCCUUGUUGGAGUAUUCGGGUCUUCUGCGUGCAGCCAGCUCGGCUCAUCAAGAAUCUGAAGCGUUGAUUGGCUCUGGAAUUCGCAGUCAGAGUAUUGAUAAUUCUGCCGCCACAGCUAAUAGUGGAGAGGUUGCUAUUAGAAUAAUUGGGGCGGCGGAUCAGGAGAGUGAUAGAGAGGCUUCUGGGUUGGUGGUUGGGCAGGUGAGAGAAGCCAGUGCACAGGGUGAGGUGUCACUUGGGUUAGCAUCAUCAGACAGUCAGGGUGAUUUAAGGAGUGAUCGAAUGCCAGCAUCAGGGGAAGGAGUUUCACAGUCGGCAAGUGUAGGUGCUGCUGCUGAUGCUGAAUCCGGGGAUGCAGGUGGAGCUAAUAGCAGGGAUUCAUCGUAUCAGAGAUAUGACAUUCAGCAGGCUGCUAGAUGGAUUGAACAAAUUCUUCCUUUUUCUUUGCUUCUCUUGGUCGUAUUCAUUCGCCAGCAUUUGCAAGGUUUCUUUGUCACGAUUUGGAUUACUGCUGUCAUGUUCAAGUCAAAUGAAAUCUUACGAAAGCAAACAGCUUUGAAGGGAGAGCGGAAGAUCUCUGUUCUUAUUUGCAUCUGUCUUGGUUUCACAAUUCAUGUGGUUGCUGUCUAUUGGUGGUAUCGUCGUGAUGAUCUUUUAUACCCAUUGGUCAUGCUUCCUCCAAAAUCCAUUCCACCUUUCUGGCAUGCUCUUUUCAUCAUCAUGGUUAAUGAUACUUUGGUUCGGCAAGCGUCAAUGAUCUUAAAGUGUCUUCUGUUAAUGUAUUACAAGAACAGUAGAGGGAGAAAUUAUCGUAAGCAGGGUCAAAUGCUGACUUUGGUUGAGUAUCUGAUGCUGCUUUACCGUGCAUUGUUGCCAACUCCAGUGUGGUAUCGUUUCUUUUUAAACAAAGACUAUGGAAGCCUCUUUUCAUCUCUAAUGACAGGAUUGUAUUUGACUUUCAAGCUCACAUCUGUUGUUGAAAAGUGGCUUCUUCCGAUCAGUCAUCCACAGAGGUAAAUUUGACUCUAUUUGGCUCUGCCUGUUCAUGAAUUGUCCAAGAAAAUUGAACGAAACCCACUGAAUAUAGAAGUAAAAUCUAGCUGUCUGCUCCUAUGUAUUAGAAACGUUGGAUGUGUAAUGUCCCCCUAAGGGGUUAACAGAGAGAUCGUCGGAAGGAUUAACGGUUUGUCAUUGUGUAUUGCCAUAAAUGAAAGUAUUUUUUGGUCUUCUUUUUGCUCUCCCAUGAUUUUCCUAGGUAUAUCUUUCUCCAUGGGAGGGAAAGAUAUACGAGAAAGAUACCGUACGUUUAUAUCAGUCUUAGGUUUGAGCAUUCGAGAACUUUCCAGUUCUGUCUGCAUUGACUCUGGUUGGUUUGCUUUGAUAGUUGCUACCAUGAGAUAACCCAUGUAAGAGAAUUAUUCAAGAAAAAGAAUGAAGAUAU